UAAUGAUAGAAUCAUUGGUUGGGCUCAUAGCUUUGAAUUUAUACAAUAAUUAAUUUAAACUUCAUAGUUAAUUUUUAUUGUUUAAAAUAGAACUCUGUUGUGAUCUGCAAGGGCAUGAGCGUACGAAACGAGGAUAUCUCAAAACCUCUGACUUCAUUCGAUCUAAUGAUUAUAAAAUUGAGUUCUAAUGUAUCCUUGAUCAUGUGACAAUAAAAGAUCAAAUUUUUUAACUCAAAUAUUAAUUUUCAUUUAUUUAUUUGUGUCAAAUGGGCUAAUUGCCUAUAAUAAAACGUCAAUGAAAUAAUAUACAAAUAGGUACAAUGAUAUAGAGUUUAUGCAAACAGUAUCUUUUAAUACCUGAAAAUUAGUUACCGAAAAAGUCAAUUAUGAUUUAUUUUUCAUUAAAAAAUUACUGUUAAUUUUUAAAAAUCCUGGAAAUUUAUAUCAACAAGAAAUAAUAAACAUUUUUUAUUUACUUUUUUAAAAAUCUAAUUAAAAACUCAAGUAUAUGAAAUGCUUUAAUGUAACAACAUACGCAUACCAAUUUUUUUACCGCAUCGAUUUUUGAAAAUGAUUUGGUACGUUUAAAUUUUUUAAUCCAAACUAAAUUUUAUGAAGUAAUCUAUAAUAUUUUUAACAAUUACGCAUCGGUGGUUGUUGUAUUUUAAGAAAUUAGCCACUUAAGUUUACACAGCUUAUUUAAAAAAAUGUGCUGUCCAAUUUUCCCCGUGUACAAAUUUUUUCCUUCUUCCCAUAUGAAUAAUUUAUAAUUAGGUCCUAUUUUCAGGAUAAUUAUUAUGGAAUAUUAUAUUUAUCACGGAUUCUAUUAAGUUUUUACAAUUUGUUGUAUUAGAAUAAUAUGUAAAAAUCAUUAUUUUGUGCACACUGUUGGAAUCCAAAUUCCAUGCUGUGAAUUUUCAAUUGCACCGUAGUUAGCCGAUUAUUUACGACUAGCGCUCGACCGGCUUUUGGCGGCUUUUCCAGCGAGCGUUUGCAAAAGCAACGUCAGUGCGGACCCGGGACAUUAACCGUUUGUGACGUAUAUUCGUGUUGUGUGUGUUGGUGUUUUACGAAAAACGUUAUUUAUCAAUAUUUCUGUAAUAAAUGAAUUCAAUAAAAAAUGUUUAUGUUAUAUUAGUUCAUUAGCUUUAAACGUAUUUUAUUUAAACAAUUAUAUGUGCAGUUGCAUUUAUUACAUUAAAAAUAAAAUAUUUUUUUAUAAUUUAUUAAGUGCUGAGUGUUUAAAGGGCCAAUAUGACCUAUGAAAAAUUACGCAUUGCACUGCCUAAGUAAUGAUAUUGGUGUAAAAGAUACAAAAGUAUCUAUAAUCAGUAUGAACAAUUUGUACGUCAAAACAGCUUGUUUUUUAAUGUCAUUGAACUGUAUCGAUUUCAUUAAUUCUAAUGUUUUAAUGGAUUCAAGUUUGCCACUACAAAAUGUAAAACCAAGUUCACUAAAACUAGAAGCAGCACAAAGACCAUAUUUUGUAGAUAAUUCAUCUCACAAUGUAACAACAGUUAUAGGACAAUCAGCUAUUCUACACUGCAGAGUAAAACAUAUUUCUGAUAAAACAGUAUCCUGGAUGCGUAAACGAGAUUUACAUAUAUUGACUUCAAACAUACACACAUACACAGGAGACAACCGUUUUAGUGUUAUACAUCCAGAAAAUAGUGAACAGUGGGACUUGAAAGUUGAAUUUGUCCAAAGAAGAGAUGCUGGUAUUUAUGAAUGUCAGGUGAAUACUGAACCUAAGAUAAAUUUGGCCGUGCAGCUAAACGUCGAAGCUGCUCAAGCUAAUAUUCACGGUCCUACAGAAGUUUACGUCAAAAAAGGAAGUACAAUCAGUUUAACAUGUUCUGUAAAUGUGCAUUCUAAUCCACCUAGUUCAGUAGUGUGGCUACAAGGAACAAAAAUAGUUGAUUUUGAUUCACCAAGAGGUAGAGGUGGCAUUAGUUUAGAAACAGAAAAAACAGAAUCUGGAACAACUAGCCGUUUACUAGUCACAAAGGCUGGUUUGGCUGAUACUGGGAAUUAUACAUGCCAGCCUAGCAAUGCAAAUACUGCAACUGUAUAUGUUCAUGUUCUUAACGGUGAACAUCCUGCGGCUAUGCAACAUGGAGAACAUGGAGCUGGUUCAAAAUUAGCUUCAUGGUCUUGGACUUUAACAAUGGCUGUAUUUGCAUUGUCAUAUAGAUGAUGCUAAAUAAUAUUCCUAUCCAUUACUUCUGCUAAUUUAAGUUGUCAAUCAAAUUAAUGUCAACCGAGUGAUCCUUUGAUUAUAAGUUGUUGCAAAUCUUAAAAUAUCGAAAUAAUAUAAUUUCUUUUUUUAAAUUCAAUAAUUUUUAUUGGCUAUGUACUCAUUAACUAUUUAAACUAUUUAAACCAUAAAAAUUGUUUUUUAGCUUCGAUACGUAGCUACAAAUUUAUUGGUCUUACUAUGUCGUGAUAUAUUUUGCAUCUGUUGAUAACAGAACAGAUUUUACUCAAUAGUACACUAAAAGAUCACAAACUGUACUUAGUUGAAGCUAUCCCUGUCAUAAUUUAAAAAAAGCCAAUUUAAUCCUCAUAAUGAAGAGAAAUGUCCUAAAAAAUUAACUGUAGUUACCUUUUUUUUCUUUUAAAUACUUGAUAAUGUUUGAAAAACUUGACUUCUUUAAACGUAAAUUAAAUUAAUAUUUAUACAAAGUACAUAAGAUUAAAAAAGAAAAUUACUCAAAAACAUAAUUUCUAGGGAAAAUAAACCAUUAAAAAUAAAAAUCGUUUUUUAUAUAAUCAUAUCCAGAUUAUUUAUGAUAACAUUAUCAUAGCAAUAAUUUCAGUCUUUGCUGGUGUUUAUUAUCCGAGAUCCUGACUAUACUGGAAGAAUUUUUAAUUAAUGCACACACAAAACUUUAAAUUUUAGACUUAUUUUGUAAAAUUGAGUAAGGUUUUAUAUAUAACCACUUUAAAUCGUUAUCAUCAUAAUUGACACAAUGUAAUCAUUUAAACUAUCAAAUCGUCAAUUAUAUUAUAAGAUCAACUUUUUCUCAAUUAGUAAAUUCAUUUAAAUAAAGUUUUUUUUUAAUGUUUCUGAAUAUAUUUGAAUACAAAUUUAAAUUAAUUAAUACAAUUAUUAAGAGAUCAGAAAAAACAUGUUUUAAGUAAAAAAUUGAAUAAUGCAAGAAAGAA